AUCCCUGUCUAUAAGUUUCAAACCAAGGGAUAUUCUUCUGAUAAAUCCUACGCAAGGUUUAAUGGAACUAUUCCUGAACCCUUGUAUUCAUUCACGGUCUGCCAUAGAAUACAGAUCCACUAUGAGCGGCCUCGAAUGUAUGUAUUUACUUAUGCGUCCUCGGAUGAGAACUCCAAUGACCUCUAUUCUGAAUAUCACCUAGGGAGAAGAGGGUUCAGAGCUUGUAAGAAAGGGACUGUUUACUGUGGAUGGGAUAGAUUCAUGCCUCCUUUCUACACCUGGAGACAUUUAUGUUUAGUGUAUGACCUGCCUAAGGAUCAGUUUAAGGUAUUUGCAGAUGGGGAGAAGGUCAACUCAGGCUCCUGGUCAGAGAACCCUAAUGCCGUAAAUCCUGAUGGUGUGCUAAUACUUGGUCAGGACCAGGACAACAUGGGAGGAGGAUUUGAGAGUCGACAAUCUUUUUCUGGUUUAAUAUCUCAGUUUAACAUCUGGAACUAUGCUCUUCAAGAUUAUGAAAUAGAAACACUGGCAGAAUGUCGCUCUGAUGCUUGGGGUAAUGUAGUGGCAUCAAAAACAAAUAGUUUUAUCAUCUCUAAUGAACAUGCCUCGGUUGAGACGGUUCCACUGUUUGAAUUGUGCGGGGAUCAGAAUUCAGCGCGUUCAAAAUAUUUUCUAUUUAAUGAUGCUUGGUCUUAUCCAUUCUAUAAGGCCUGGUGUUAUAAUAUGGGGGGUGGCUUAUCUGUGCCUGAAUCUGAAGAUGAAUACAAUAAUCAGAUGGAUAUAGCUGAAGGCCUGGUUCAGGACAUUCAUGAGAAAUGUGUUCAUUCUUCAGGUAGUCUGCUGUACUGGAUCGGGUAUACAGAUAGCUAUGGAGAUGGAACCUGGAUAAAUCCGUAUACAAAGGACGCUAUUCCAUUCGAUGGAUUGUGGGAGGGAGGAGUUCAACCCGUAACCGAGAGCUGUGCUAGUACAUACAUUGACCGGAAGUGGGUUGGUUCCGAUUGUUCGGAAGGAAACUGUGCACUCUGCCAUUUCCCCCAAGGGAUGAAUUUAACAAUACGAGGACUCUGCACAUCAGAAACAAACCUAAUGGAAGGCUUUUUUGACACGGAAUAUUUCCUAUCUGGAUUCAGAAAUGGAAAACCUGUUUGGCGGGGCCGAGGGAAAUCUCAUAUAUUCUUCUCUCCUGAAAUUGUAAAAUGGAAGUUAGAAAGUUUGUAUGAUGUGACGAAGUUUGCUACUUUUGCUGCUGAUGAUACUACUCCUUACACCUACUAUCCUACAGGACGAAAUCUUUGGAGCAUUAAUUCUGGAAUCUGUGCAAAGUCAGGUGGUGAGGAGCACCUCUUAUCUUUAACAAAUUGUAUAAUGAAUGAUGGAAGCAAAACAGAUUUUACUUGCAGGGAUGGAACCUGUAUACCAAUUGAUGCUCUUUGUAACCUUGUUGUGGACUGCCCAGACAGGACGGAUGAGGAAAACUGUGAUCUAUUGCUUAUACCGGAAGAAUACAGAGGAGAGAAGUUUCCUGUACAGCAGUCUAGAGAACCAAUUAAACUUUAUGUAAAUAUUUCAAUCAUAGCUUUCCCUGAAGUUAACACCUUAGAGUUGAACUAUUUGGUUGAUUUUGUAUUAUCAAUGAGAUGGAAUGAUCCUAGGCUUAACUAUCGGAACCUAAAACAACUUUAUGAUUUAAAUGCUCUACCGAUGAAUAUAAUGGAGAAGAUGUGGACUCCACAAUUAGGGUUUCCAAAUGGAUUACAAGCUGAAGGUACAGUGUUGGAUAGUGGUACUACAAUGUUUAUAAUAAAGCUGGGUUCAAGUUUACCAGAUGAUCUAUCCAUGGCUAGAGAAGCAAAGAUGUACAAUGGCGAGGAAUGUCCGAUUGUUAUGAAAAAAGAAUACUUUGUUAAAUUCAACUGUGAUUUUGAACUCAGUAUGUAUCCAUUCGAUUCAAACAUUUGUAAACUUCAAUUUGAAGUGAGUGGUAUUGGGAAGGAAUAUAUAACUCUGGAUAUUGACAAUUUCCUAGGUGGACUCGGAGCUGAGUAUACAGGUCGUAAAGAAUUGCUUGAGUAUAGGGUUGGAGAUGUUAAGAUAGAAAAUCUGAGUAAUACAACUAAAAAAUAUGGAAUGAUGGAGGUUCAAAUUGUAUUUCAACGGAAAUGGUCUUAUCAUUUAAUUACCGUAUUUCUACAGUCAGUUUUUUUACUUCUUGUUGCAUAUUACACGUUCUUCUUCAGGCUCUCAAAUUUUACGGAUCGAAUAAUGAUAUCAAUAACAUGUAUGCUAGUUAUUUCAACAAUACAAUCAAAAAUUGAUAGAAUUACACCAAAGACGUCCUACUUCAAAAUGAUUGAUUUUUGGUUGAUUUACUCCUUCAACAUCGUGAUCUUGAUUAUGCACAUCCACACCAUCAUCAACCUCAACAUCAUCAGGGAUGAGAAAACAAACCUUAUUGUUCAGAGCUCAGGACCUGUCAGUGGGGUCACAAAAGUGAGGCCGAUGAAAGACGACAUAUUUGAGCCCUCUGGUAGACUCUCCAGUGCUAAAAGUCUAGCAAACAAAAUGUUUAAUGGAUCCGAGGAUGACGAGGAGGUUAUUGAUCCCUACGCUUCGGCUAGGAAAGCUAAUUUUUACGGACAAGUUUUUUUAAUUCUCACAUUUCUGCUGUUCACCCUUGUUUUCUGGGCAUAUGCAUUAAAUCAUGCAUUUAACAAAGAAAUCAGGUUUUAUGAUGACGACGGGCUGCCUAUCAAUCAAUCAAAAUUGUAAUAUUGCCCUAGUUAACCUAGACAUGUUCGAUGCACAGUUGAAGAAUUAGAAUAUCAUGUAAAGGCCAUUUUUAUAAGUAAUUUCCUGUAAAUUUAAAAACUAAUUUACCGUAAUUAUCUCUAUUUACAUAUUAUUUGUUGAUCUUAAAUAUAUAUAUAUAAUUAACAACAAAUGUUUCUCUCUCAGUUUCUGCAAGAAAUUUCAGUUAAAAGGAUGCUUAAAGAGCUGAGCAAACUUUGUUAAAGCACCCCAGCCGUCCCAUACCUGGGCCUGGUUAGGCGGGGUAAGCUAAAAAU